AUGGAAUAUCAACCAGUCGCUCAAUCAAAUGACCAACAACCUUUAUUAGCUCCAACACAAAUACAACCGACUCAGCCUCCUAUGCAACCGACUCCACCAACUCAAAUCCCUUAUCAACAACAAUACCAACCACAACCACCACAACAAUACCAACAACCAAUCACGGUGGGCACAGCUCCUCAAGUCCAAACACAAGGCGCUCCAAUUUCGUUUGGUCAUAUGCCACAACAAGUCGUUUGCCCAAAUUGUCAACAAACCGUUUUGACAACUGUCAAAUAUGAAAAUGGCGUGUUCUCAUAUUUGAUGUGCAUUUUGAUCUGCUUUUUCACUUCCUUCUUUGGAUGCUGCUGCAUCGGUUUGAUCUUCUUGUGCAUUCCACUCGUUCAAACUGCAGUUCAUAGUUGCCCAGAGUGCAAAAGAGUCAUCGGCAUGCAACAACCUAAGUGA